AUGACUUGGUUUACAUUUCACGCUGAUAACCUGCUGUGCAGGUGUCUCGGCAUUUCCAUCACUUGUCUCCAUGUCUGGUUGACUCUUCUGUUUGUCUUCAUAAUUGUCCCAACUGUACUUGGAGUCUCUUUUGGUAUCCGCAGACUCUACAUGAGGACCCUUCUCAAGAUCUUUGAGUGGGCAACCUCACGAAUGGAGAAGGAAGCAAAGGAGAAGAAUCACCAACUCUAUAAACCAUAUAGCAAUGGAAUCAUAGCCAAAGAACGACCAUCGUCCUUUCAGCAGGAGAUCCAGGAGCUCCGAGGUUCUGCCAGCAGCCUGCCCUCAGAGCCGGAGUUUGAGAUGGCGGACAUCUUCUACUUCUGCCGGAGAGGUGUGGAGAGCAUCUUGGACGACGAGGUGACUAAGCGCUUUUCGGCCCAGGAGCUGGAGAGCUGGAACUUGCUGACUAGAAGCAACUACAACAUCCGUCAUAUCAGUAUGAGACUUACCGUCCUGUGGGGCCUCGGAGUCCUCAUCCGCUACGGCGUCCUGCUGCCUCUCAGGAUUACUCUGGCGGUCACUGGCAUUAGUCUGCUUCUUGUCUUGACUACUUUGGUUGGCUUUUUACCAAAUAGAGAAUUAAGGUUCUACCUGAGUGAGAAGGUUCAUCUGAUGUGUUACCGCAUCUGUGUGAGAGCUCUCACAGCAAUCAUCACCUAUCAUAACAGAGAGAACAAACCAAAGGCUGGCGGUAUCUGUGUGUCCAAUCACACAACGCCUAUCGAUGUCAUCAUCCUGGCUAAUGAUGGCUGCUACUCUAUGGUCGGCCAGGUGCAUGGAGGGUUGAUGGGAAUGAUCCAGCGAGCCAUGGUCAAAUCCUCUCCUCAUAUCUGGUUUGAAAGAUCAGAAGUCAAAGACCGACAUCUAGUGGCCAAAAGGCUAAGCGAUCAUGUUGCUGACAAAACUAAGCAGCCCAUCCUGAUCUUCCCUGAGGGUACUUGCAUCAACAACACAUCAGUGAUGAUGUUUAAAAAGGGCAGCUUUGAAAUUGCCUGCACAGUCUAUCCAGUUGCCAUUAAGUAUGAUCCUCGGUUUGGGGAUGCCUUCUGGAACAGCAGUAAGUUUGGUUUGGUGAAUUAUCUGCUGAGGAUGAUGAGCAGUUGGGCCGUCGUCUGCAGCGUUUGGUACCUGCCGCCCAUGAACAGAGAGGAAGGGGAGGAUGCGGUGCAGUUUGCCAACAGAGUAAAAGCAGCCAUAGCUGCACAAGGAGGAUUAGUGGAUCUCAUUUGGGAUGGAGGUCUGAAACGAGCAAAAGUUAAAGACGCUUUUAAAGAAGAGCAGCAGAAACUUUACAGUAAAGUUCUUAUAGGUGAGCAGGAAGAGGUGGACCAGAGUGACGACACACAUUUGGAGGAUAAAAAUCAAGAAGAGGAUAAAAGCAAUCAAUCUUCAACAAAAGGACAAUGAGGACACGAAGAAUGUAUGCUGUUAUAAAUACAGACUCUAACAUCUCAUACUGUGACAUUUUGAAUUAUUUGAUUAUUGAUAUGUGAAUUAUCAGAAGUGGAGAUUUAUGUGGAUUCACACUGUAACUGUCAUUUUUACCAGACUGAGUGAUAGAAAGGUGUUUUUAUAAUUUGAUACUUAUGUUUUUAUUGGUGUGAAAUCUUUAUUUAUUUACAUUGUUUGUAAGAUGUGGUGAGAAUGGUUAAAGUUACAGUAAAGGAAGCCCAAACAUUUAGACACACAAAAGCUAAUAGGUCAGUUUUUUCUUUAAACCAAUUAUUCACAGACCAAAGUCAUUUAGUGACCCCAAUUUCCUGCCUCCUUUUAACUGCCAUGUGAGCGUAUUGUAUAUCUGAUUAAAACACUGA